GGAAGUUUCGCGUCGACGAUUGUGGUCUGCCGUUGGGUUGGUGGAAGAUGUGCUCGUAGCUUUAUUUUCCAUGACAGAUCUUGACGACAAUACAUGCAAAAAAUAUAUAAAGAUGAUUACUAAUAUCGUAGUGUUGAGCCUGAUCAUUUGCAUUUCCCUAGCAUUCUGGAUCAUGUCAAUGACCGCUAGCACCUAUUAUGGUAACUUGCGGCCUGUCUCUCCUUGGCGUUGGCUGUUUUCCAUCGUUGUUCCUGUUUUGAUUGCCUAUAACGGCUUUAAGAAGAAAAGUCUGGACCACAGUGGGGCUUUAGGAGGGCUGGUGGUUGGAUUUAUCUUAACCAUUGCAAAUUUCAGCUUUUUUACAUCUUUGCUGAUGUUUUUCCUUUCAUCUUCUAAACUCACUAAGUGGAAAGGAGUAGUGAAGAGACGUCUAGAUCCGGAGUACAAGGAAGGAGGCCAGAGGAACUGGGUUCAGGUGUUCUGUAACGGAGGCGUGCCCACAGAGCUGGCCCUGCUCUACAUGAUAGAAAACGGCCCCGGGGAAAUGCCCAUAGACUUUUCUAAACAGCCCACUGCUUCCUGGAUGUGUCUGUCUCUCCUGGCUUCUCUGGCCUCUUCUGCUGGUGACACCUGGGCAUCUGAGGUUGGCCCAGUUCUGAGCAAAAGCUCACCUCGGCUAAUAACAACCUGGGAGAAAGUUCCAGUUGGGACCAACGGAGGAGUCACAGUGUUGGGAUUGGUCUCCAGUCUCCUCGGUGGUACUUUUGUGGGCCUGGCCUACUUCCUCACACAGUUGGUGUGUGUGAGUGACUUAGACAUCUCUGCUCCGCAGUGGCCCAUUAUUGCCUUUGGAGGUCUGGCUGGGUUACUAGGAUCAAUUGUGGACUCAUACCUAGGAGCAACAAUGCAGUUUUCUGGCCUGGAUGAAAGCACUGGCCUGGUGGUCAGCAGCCCAGCCCCGGAGACCAAGCACAUAGCGGGGAAGCCCAUCUUGGACAACAAUGCCGUGAACCUCUUCUCCUCAGUCUUGGUCGCCCUCUUGCUCCCGACAGUCGCUUCGGGGUUUUGGCCCAGAGAAUGAACUUUCUUUCCUUCCCAGUUGGUUGAUACUGGUGAGUUCAGCCAAAUUCCAAAUGUGAAGGGUGUUUUUUUUUUUUUUUUUUUUGUCUUUUCCUAGUGAAUAAUAAUUUCGCCAGCCUUGGGAAUGGCGGCUCCUCCCCUGUUUUGCUGUGGUGGGAUUCUGUUUUGCCCUUUCGGCUCCCUUCGCGGCUGAGGUCUUUGUAGUGAAAGGUGAAAGAGCAGCAAAGUUAAGCUCGUUUUUCCUUCGUGUUUCCUUCUGCCGCAUGAAGCUUCUUGGACGACGGAGCUGUUGUUUUCCUCUGUGGUUGUAUGUUGAGCUGAGAGUCCAGAUGGUCUCUGUAAAAUGUUACUUUGUUCAGUUUUUAUAAACCAAGCGUGUUGACAGGCUACCACUAUGACAGCGUCCCAAAGUUACAUCCGCUUCAAUGACUUGACCUGGUGCCCUUGGAAGCCCUUCCCAUUACCUUUCUAGUCACAACCGUGAGAUGAGAAACACAGGCAUUGCUACCCCACAUUUUCCUUCCUUUCUCCCAGCCAAUGAUGUAAUUGUUUGGGCAGAUUUCUUUCCCAUCACAUUAGGAAAUGUGAAGAAAAUUGUUGUUUAUG